AUGUCACCCUCGGACUCACACAGGCCCACAUUUCCAACAACCUCUCUAUUCUUCGACUCAUCCACUGCUGAGACCGUCGACGACCGCAACGUCAAUGGCGACGUCCAUGAGUCAACCUCCUCUCAACCCAUGUUCUUCUCCUUCAGCACGGACGACGGAUCUAGAGUGGGCCAUGGACACGAAACCGAUCUUGACGACCUUGACGACCCACAUUUGCGAGCAAGUGAAGCCAGUAUAGCACCCCCCACAAUUCGCGACGAUGACGAUGAUCCAUAUCUACGGCUGGACGAAGAUGAACAUAUCAGUCGCUUGGGGUUCACAUCCCGAAAUCAUCAACAAUCUAUACCGCUCAUUGCGUCUCCAAAUGCGUCGGUGGCCUCGGAAUCACCGAAGGGUUGGCUAGCUCAUCUGGCUGCGUCGCCCUUGGUAGGACGCUCUCCAUCACCUGCUCGGUCCGAUUCCACUGACUCGGACCCACCACCGGAAUUAUUCGCCCCCACUGCCCCUCGUACACAUACGAACGUACUUCCACCACCUCCAACACAUAUAGAACCCCAGUCCCUCUCACUGACGGAGUCAUUACUGCCUAGAGACGGCCGCAGUCGACCGCUUGAUGUAUUCACGCUCCCCGAUCCUCGUCACACUACCAGAGGUCGACGGAAAUACAAUGAUUCAACAUGGACCGCUGUCUGGUUAACAGGCGUCUCUGUUUGUGUAUUUUUUGCCCUCCUUCUUCUCUUCGUGGCCCGCUUGCCGCCUAAUGUCCCGAGGAGUGUGCUGCCAUACACGACCCUGUUACACACGGUGCCGAUGUUGACAAUCCUUACUUUUUCAAGUGCGUUGGUGGCUUAUGCACACAUCUUCCUGCUGCGUGUAUUUGUACGUCCGGUUAUGAUUGCCACUUCGGUAUUUAUUCCUGCCACACUAUUUAUUUCUGCGAUAUGGGCUUUCGUGGGGAGCUUCAUGUGGGAUGGGGAUACAGUGCCUACUUGGGGAGAAACAGUAGGACUUCGACUAUUUUCCCUGAUUCCGCUCGCCCUCUCGCUCCUCACCGCUCGGCGGCUUGUCGACCUACCUCGGGACAUUCACACGACUUCAUCAACUCUCACACUUACCACUCACCUCCUUAUCAUGAAUCCUUUCCUUCUUGCUCUGUCACCAGCUAUCCUCCUUAUUAUGUUGAUCUCCUCAAUCCCGUUCCUCACCCUCAUUUUCCGCUUACUCCUUAUUGGCUACGCGACUCAGCCCACGAAAGAUAGUUCGCGCUGGGAAUGGCAUGCUCACGGAUGGGCUAAUUGGGCUAUUUUUGGUGCUGUGGGUGUCUGGCUUUGGAGUUGGGGUGUCGCGAGGGGUAUCAUGAGAAUGUCGUGUUCCAGCGUUAUUGGAGCUUGGUACUUUGCAGAUCCUGAUGCUCAACCCCCUCCCCCCAUGUCGACCCAUACAAUCCACGCAGCUCUUGUACGCGCUACGGGGCCGUCCCUUGGGACUACAGUUCUCUCUGCCAUGAUAUUGACUAUCAUUCGUCUGCUCACGCUCGUUGCCCUCUUUCUUCAACGUCUACCUGCGUAUAUCCCAGCCAGAGCCUUCUUUGUCGUGACUGGUAUCCGUAUGGCAGUAGGGUACCUCGACACGGUGACCACUGCGUUGAGCAAGUACGCUUUGGUAUAUACGGGUUUGACUGGCGAUCCUUUCAUGCCUAGUGCAAGGAGGGCCAAGGCUUUGACUGCUGCAGUUGAAGCGAAGGUAAAACAUGGAAAGAGGAAAUCCAGUGCCGAACCCCCACUCAUGCUUCUCACGAUAUCACCAUUGACGUUGUCCUUUCCGUUCGCACUGACAACGUACCUCUUUGUGGCCCACACCUUGAACGCGCCUCAGCAGGCCUUGGGUGCUGCUGUCCUGGCUGGAGGUGUGACUGCUCUUGUUGGGUUGUUCUGUGUUGGCAAUCAAAUUUCACCGAAGUGUGCUUACUCUAUCAGUGCUGAUACUCUAUACAUCUGUUAUUGCAUUGAUAAAGAUGUCGGCGAGAGGAGAAGGGAGGAGGUAUUUGUCACUAUUUCUGGAUUCGCUAGUUUGAAUAUGAGCCUGGAGGACAGCAACGCCGUUCACGUCCACGACAACCUGAGGACAUCAUUCCCCUGCCCCCACAGUCCCCUCCACCUCGUGCUAUUGACAACCAACUACCCUUUAAUCCGCCAAAUUCCCAAAAACCACGACAGCAACACAAACGAGUUCCUUCUUACCCCGAACCCCGUCAACCGAGACAACAACUCAUUCCUUCAGCUUCCACAUCCCUCCCUUCACAACGUCUCACGCCUUUAUCUCCCCCGCCUCCAAUGGUGGAGGAGGACGCUCCUGAUCCGUUCCAAAGGAGCUUCGUGGAUGACGAGGAAGAUGGAGAUCUUCCGCCUCUGCAUUUACGUCGCGAGGAUCAGGGGAGGAGUGGGAGCGGGAGUGGACUUAAAUGUUUUAGUCGAACAAAACUUCUCAGCAAAGCUUCCUGUCAAGACACAACUUGGGGUAAUUGUUAACGUUGGCAUCUUGACAACAUUCGCUUACAUUCUCAGAAAACUCCCGGAGGAGACAUCAGCCGCCUACUUCAAGUUGAUGUGUAUUUUUGCGAAACUGAUUGAUGAAGACGGAAAUCUGGUGACCACUGGGUCCUGA